CCGGAAACAGGAAGAGGAUGAAUGAAGCAGCCGUUGAUAUGUAACCUGUGGCACCCGUAACACCUCCAUGCAACUGAUGCCCCACAUUUACCAUAAAAUGCGACGGCUUGGCUUCUCCCUCCUCCUCCGCCACAUCUCCUCCCUCCCCUCCUCAUCGACUGCCCCGUCAGUCACCAGGACAUGCUGCCUCCACCAAAGGGUCACUGGUCCCCACAACUGUUAUCAGAGCACCUUACCAGGUCACAGCUGCCAGCCGAGGAGGGGUGUGAGCACAGCCAUCAAGCAGCACAUCCAGGACCUGAGUGGGCCUGAGCAGAGACUGUUGGAUAAACUGUAUGAGGGGCUGAUCGGAGGACAGCGGGCCUCUCUGGCUGAGUCCAUCACUUUGGUGGAGACCCAGCACCCCAGGAAGAAAGAACUGGCCCAGGUGCUGCUGCAGAGGGUGCUGGCCUACAGGAGGGAGCAGGAGAGUCGAAAUGGGGGGAAGCCGGUGGCCUUCAGAGUAGGUCUGUCGGGUCCUCCAGGAGCAGGAAAGUCAUCCUUCAUUGAGGUGGUGGGGAAGAUGCUGACAGGACGUGGACAUAAAGUUUCAGUGCUGGCUGUCGACCCGUCGUCCUGCACGACAGGAGGGUCUCUGAUGGGUGAUAAGACUCGUAUGACUGAACUGUCCAGGGACAUGAGUGCUUUUAUCAGACCAUCUCCGGCCUCAGGAACACUUGGUGGAGUCACCAGAACGACUAAUGAGGCCAUUGUUCUCUGCGAGGGGGCGGGAUAUGACAUCGUCCUUGUAGAGACCGUAGGCGUGGGCCAGUCAGAGUUUGCAGUGGCUGACAUGGUUGACAUGUUUGUGCUGCUGAUUCCGCCAGCAGGGGGCGAUGAACUCCAGGGUAUCAAGAGGGGCAUCAUCGAGAGGGCCGACUUGGUGGUGGUGACGAAGUCGGAUGGAGACCUGGUGGUGCCAGCCAGGAGGAUCCAGACUGAGUACACCAGCGCACUCAAGCUGCUCAGGAGACAGUCCAAGUCCUGGAACCCUAAGGUGGUGCGCGCCUCCUCACACACCAAUGAGGGCAUCCCAGAGGUCUGGGCCAAGAUGGAGUCAUACCGGGACACCAUGUUAGCCAGCGGUGAGCUGCAGGGCCGGCGACGGGCUCAGCAGAAGGUUUGGAUGUGGAGUUUGAUCCAGGAGAACGUCCUCGCCCAUUUCCAGAAUCACCCCAGUGUCAGAGAGGCUCUACCCCAUCUUGAAGAGAGGGUCACCACAGGAGCCACCUCUCCAGGCCUGGCCGCUGACCUGCUCCUCAAAGCCUUCUCAUCAUCAUCAUCAUCAUCACCAUAGUAAUCAGCGGGACUGCACUUUUGGAGAAGUAUGACUGAUCAGGGCCACUCAGUGCCAAGGAGAGCCAGGACAGAGUGAGAAUAUGUGACCUUGACUCUGUGGUUUUGCACAAAAAGAAGCAGUCUUGCUCUUUUUAUACUUAAUUUGAAAUUUAAAAUACCUAAAGAUAGACGUCACCCCUCCACUGAAACUUCCAGUUUCUGCAUGCUUUAAUCCAAAUCAGGAGUGGGAAGAGAGUGCUGACAGUUGUCACUUCUCACCUUCAGCUUCGGGACACAUCCACAUUUGGACAGUGGACGGUAGAAUGAAACAUUUAAAUUGCUGUGAGAUAUGAAAUGUUGUGCUGCCAGCAGCCUGGUUUUCUAAAGCAGAUACUGGGAUUGUCUUCCUGGACAAAGACUCAGCAGAGGACUGUAAAACUGUUGUUACAGCUGGAGAAUAGUUUGCACAAUACCCAUCACUUUCACAAAAAGGGUUAUUAAAUGGCGAAGCUGGGACUUGUUGGUCUUGCCAUAAAUACUGACAUGACGUACUGUAGUGGAAGUAUGAAGCUAUUUAUGCUUACACUGCCCACCCUGAUCAUACAGUGAUCCAUAAUACACACUAUUUAUAACUCAGAAAGCAAACAGUUAACGAAAGGAUCAGGUUCAGAGAAAUGGGAUUUGUAAUGGCCAGUUGUUUCUCUUGUUGAACGCUAUGGACACAAAUCUCCCUUUGAAACCACUGGACUUACAAAAUGUUUCUUACUCACUAUUUGUGCUUCUGAGUUGAAUAAGAAUGAUGUGAAUCUUACUUGGCUAAGUGAAUAACAUUAAAUCUGUCAGUACAGUUG